GCAUAUAAAGACAGAAUCGGCGGGUCAGCAAAGAACAGUCCGAAGUUUUUCAGCGCACGUUUAGCAGCGAUAUUAACAUCAGCAAAAAUGAGAGAGACGCUCAUCCUCGUCCUCCUUUAUAUCGGACUAGCGGUGACAUCAGAUUUAUCAGGGUAUAAGCCCAGGGGUUGGCGUCCUAAUGGCCGGCAUUUUAAUCCCUACAACAAUCGAUUGCAUGCGUAUUACGAUGCUCCGGGAUUACAAAGCUACGGACCCCAGGAUACCGCAGCUAUCUAUCGCGACCCGUUACUCACCACGACCACGACUAUACGGCCACGAACCACCACUGUAAAAACCACGACAACACCUCGCAGCAGGGAACCCACGACAGCGCCGAACGAACAAUCCGAGGACGAUUUCGAGACGACGAAUCCGGCUCUAGCCAUCGCGAAUUCUUUCGCGUUUAAUCGGCCUGUAUAUGUCUACAAUACCUUUCCUUUUCUACCGGCUCAGAUUAUUGUAUAGAUAAUAAUACAAAAACGAAGAUUAUAUCUGUAUAGUGAAAUAGACAUUGAAUGAAUAAUGAAAAUUUUUA